AAACACCAAAAAUGACAACUCAUAUUAUUAUUUUUAGUCGGCCUUGUUCUAGAUAUUUCUCAUAUAAACACUAAUGCAUGGAAGCUUCAUAAAGAUUUGAAGAUAUUAUCAUACAAACAACGGUCAAUAAACGGACAAUCUCGUCAAAAUACCAUCAAACACAAAUGGAUACUUCUCAAGAAUAUCAUAAGUGCGGUUCCACACUAGCACAAACUAUAGAUGCUCCACUAUCCAUAGUUUGGUCGAUACUCCGUCGUUUUGAUAACCCUCAAGCCUACAAACAAUUCGUGAAAACGUGCAAUCUAAGCUUCGGCGAUGGAGGAACAGGCUCCGUCCGUGAAGUGACGGUGGUUUCCGGUCUUCCGGCCGAGUUCAGCCAAGAGAGGUUAGAUGAACUUGACGAUGAGUCUCAUAUGAUGGUGAUUAGCAUUAUAGGUGGUGAUCAUCGUUUGGUUAAUUACCGGUCGAAAACGAUGGCGUUUGUGGCGGCGGAUGAGGAGGAGAAGACGGUGGUGGUGGAGAGUUAUGUGGUGGAUGUGCCAGAAGGAAAUAGUGAGGAGGAAACGACGUCUUUUGCUGAUAAUAUCGUUGGGUUUAAUCUUAAGUCAUUGGCUAAGCUCUCGGAGAAGAUGGUGGCUCAUCUAAAGUUGUAAUUUUUAGAUUCUAGUGUUAGUUUUUAAGAAUUAAAAUCAGGAUAGCAACUAGCAAUAGUCAUGUUCGAGGGGAAAUAAGUAAAUAUAUGUAUAAUACUAGAUAUAUGGUGUAUUUGUUAGUAACUUAAUUAGUAUGUCCUUAGUAUGUUACGUUUGUUCUUUUAUUUCACUUUUUUAUUCUGUUGCACUCAAACUUUUGUAAUAUUUUAAAAACUAAAAUAAAAGGAAAUAAAAGUAAUGUUAUAGUAUAUGUAAUUUUGAAGUGGUAGAAAUCUAGAAAUAGAUUCUUUGGUGGGCUCAGAGCUUUUGAAUGAUAGGCAAUGGAUCUUCCACGAUAUCUAAAAGUAGUUGUCAUGUGAAAGACAAUCACUAGUUCUACCCUGUCCUUUUUGUUGGAAGUGAUCAAGUCUUCAUGUUUGUUUUAUUAAGAGUAGUAUAGUAUUAACAUGUAAAUCAUUUGUAUCACUCAUAAGAUAUGAAUGAUAUAAG